ACCGCAUCCAUCAGUACGAUGCUUGGUUUAUCCUCGUCGUCUACAAACAGACGGAAUAAUGGAGCUGGAAAGAGUUCACGAAAGACUUGGAGGCGCGCAUUCAAGGCUGUGAUGCGCUCCUACAAGUUCAAGCUUCCGAAUUAUGACCUGCCGUUGCGGCUUCGACCAUGGUUUAUAAUAUUCACUGCAAUCGUGAUGUUCAUGCUGGCAUUCUUAAGUUUCACGAAUUUCGCACAGUCGUUACCACUUAACAACAAGAUCCUUCAUCUCGUGUGUCUUUGUCUGGCCACGACGGUGUUCUAUUUCAUCUUUGACGUAGAAGAAGAUGCACGGCGAAUAUGGAUAUGGCGACACGCGCCGUUAAUCCUGACCGCCGUUAUAUGCUUCUUCUUCGGAGGGAUCGUCAGCGAGAUCAUCCAAUCACUUCUUCCAUAUCAGGAAUUCGACAUGGGUGACAUCGCGGCAAACCUCCUAGGUUCCGCAAUCGGCCUCUGGACAGCGUAUUAUCUAGAGAAAUACUAUAGACAUCGGAGAGAAAUCGCACGCUUAUACCGUCCAGUCGCCCUCGACGCAGACGACGCCAGUCUCACCGAAUCAGAAGACGAAGACAACACACUAGGAACAAUGCUCCUUCCCACGCAUCACGACCGUAGAGGGACAAGUCUCCCCAGUACUCCCGCAAAAGGCGAUCGCAUUCGUAUUGGCGACGUAUGGGACGAGCGAGAAGAGCUCUUUGGUAUUGGUGACAGCGAUAGCGAGGACGAAAAUCAUCGUGGCGCUGCUGCUUCACGGCCACCUCCUGCACGUUCAUCAGGAGCUUCAACACCCCAACAGACUGCGGGUCCAAAAAUCAUCGUCACGAGCUCUUGAGCCUUACGGAUGGAUGUUUUGUACGCUUCUAGUGGUAAAUUUUGAAUAGGGUGUAAAUGUUUGUAAGAUGAGACGCUAAGCUG